AUGAGCUUGCAUUUGGAAGAAGCCAACGAAACACAACAACUUAUGCAGAAUGAGGUUGAAGAAGAUGAGCAGAAAGUGCACCAUGCGGCAACAUCACCUGUUACAAGCAAUAAAUUAUCGAGUGGCGCUGCCAGUCUGACAUCAAAGAAUCUGGGCCAGACUGUGUCUGGUGUAGGCAACAGUAGUGUAAAUGAAUCGACAAAGAUAUCAUACGUCAGUGAGAAACAAAAUCGAAUAAAUCGAGACAAUAACUUAAUGCGAUCCACUAACAAACCAAAGAUUAUUCCAAAAGAAACACCAGAUGUCAAAAAUAUGGAAAAGGCUCUGUUAGAAUUGUUAGACGACUUCCACACUGGUAAGCUAAGUGCAUUUGGUACAGGUUGUAGUAUGGAACAAAUGAUAAAUAUAAGAGAUCAACAGGAGCACUUGGCACGUUUACAUUUUCGUUUAUGUGCUGAUGUUGAGAAGCCUACUGAGGAUAGUUUUGAAAACUCUGCAUCUCGGGAUAAAAUGGCUCAGCUAGUUCAGAGUCUUGAACAACUGUCUGCAUCUAUUGAACACUUACAUUCUGAUGUUAAUGGCACUGAGAAGCCAACAUGA